GAGAUCAAUGGAUCCGCACCAGCCCAAACACGACCGCGUACAUGGCUGGGAGAAUGGAGGCCAAGAUCGCGGCCCCCGCGCUGCUCUCGCUCGUCGCAGUCACCCUGCUCGCGCACACGCUCCUCCUCCACCGUCCGCGCGCCACCGCCUGGCUCCUCUCCACCGUCGACGCCUUCCGGUUCGACGGCCGCCGCCUCGUCGAGCUCGUCACCCGGAGAAACAUGAUCCUCCUCUGCAACGCCAUCCUCCUGGUCAUCCUCAAGGACGCCGGGCUACUGGCCGCUCCAGCUCGGCCACGCAGCAGCACCACCGCCCCUGAUACAGCGGCCGGUGGAGCUGCCUGCUCCAGCUCCGAGGCACGGCCUCAGCCCAAGACUCGGGCGACCAGUACGGCGGCUGGCGCGACCGGCGCCGACGAAGGUCGGCUCGAGCGUGAACAUCGAGGCGCUGAGACGGCCACGGCGCGAGUGCGGCGCGGGAAGCCGCUGACGAGAGCGACGCAGAGGGAAUAUGCCGCGCUCCAAGAGAUCGAUUCCGCGGAGAAACAGAGAUCGGCCUACAGCUUCAACCACUUUCACCAUGGUGCUGGCUAUGAGAUUGCCGUGGUGGCGGAUAGGAUCUCUAGUUUGCAUGACGAGAGAAGCAGAGGAGAGGAGCACACGGUGCGGCAGGAAACAGAGGCCGGGUGCGCUGACGACGUGAAGGAGAUGAACAAGAAAUUCGAAGAGUUCAUCGCCAGCAUGAGGAGGAAGAUGCAUCUCGAGACCCUGCAGCUGCAGCAGCAGGUCGAGGUCUAGACUCUAGAGACAGAGCGGAAAAUCAUGUACUCCGCAUUCAUUCGCAGACCGCGGGGGGGGGGGGACGGACGGAC